AUGAUUAGAAAUCUUUUCGUCCAAAUAAUACUUUCUUUAUCAACAAUAAACUAUACAAUCACCAUUCAUUCAAGAAAUAAUGGUACUAUCAUCAUCAUUAUCAAUGAUAAAUUUAUAAUAUAUGUCAUGGCGAUAAGAUUUGGUGUUAAAUCAUGUGUUUAUGUUGUACGAGAAAUGUUUUUUAUUUUUAUGUAUCUAAUUUUGCCACUUCUCACGUAUUUUUUGCAAUGUUAUCUUGCAAGUCAAGAGAAUGAUAAACGACGUUUUAUUGUGAAAUAUGAACGUUUACCGGAAGGUUUUCUUGGUGUUAUUAUUGCAAUAGAUGGUAUUAGAUCAAAUGAUCAAUUAUUUGAUUUUAUAAGUGCAAAAAUGACAAAAUUACUUGGUGUAGCAAUCGGUAUUGCUUCAUUUAUUGCAUCAUUUGUCGAUAUAUUUGAUUAUGCACAUUUUUUGAUAGCUGGCGGAACUCAUAUUGUUCUUUCUGGCUGUUUAUGUUUUUUUUAA